AUGGCACAGACACAAGUUCCGGUAAAGGACUAUUGGUCUACAGAGCUGCUGCUUCUUUUGUCCCCCAUUUUGCAGACCCUCGUCCAAAGCAUAGAAUUCAAUCCGACGGAUAAAGUUCUAGAUAUCGGAUGUGGUGAUGGCAAGUUUACCACCAGCUUUGCUUCGUCGGUCAAUUAUGUCAUGGGCGUCGACUCUUCUCCGUCCAUGAUCAACACGGCCAAGACAUUGGACUACGGUGAAGCGGCCACGGAUUUCCGCGUUGUUGAUUGUCGGCACCUUGAAGAAGAUGCAGAAGUUAUGAAUGGUAAAUGGGAUAAAGUCACUUCCAAUGCUGCAUUCCAUUGGAUCUUGAAAGACCCAUCUACCCGAAUCUCCACAUUGGAAAAUAUAUUUCAAUCAAUGAAGCCCGGGGGCACGUUCUUCUUCGAGAUGUGCGGACAUGGAAAUGCACCGGAAAAAGUCACAGCAUUUAUGUUCGCUCUUGUCAACCAUGGAGUCCCAAUUGAGACAGCGGAGGCUAUGUGCCCUUGGUUUUAUCCGUCCGACGUCUAUAUGAAGAGCAUCCUUGAGAGCGUCGGAUUCCAGGUUAAGAUGAUUGAACUUAAUCCACAACCGCUGGAGCUGACCACCUCUGAUAACGGUGGACUGGAAGGAUUUAUGAGACUGAUCGGCGCUCAGAUGCUGGAUAUUUUAGAUAGCGAGGAGAAGAAGAACAGUGCGAUGGAGCAGAUCUGCCGAAUGCUUCGCUACGGCACCACAAGAGAAGAUGGGAGCCAAUGGAUUACCUACGCUAGUCUGAGCCAUGGAACUCCCCAAAUACGAAUUGACCUCGCACAAUUCUCAAAUCUUGAAAGUGUGUGGAUAACGGAGGCACCGGAGCUAGAGCUGCGCUUCUUCGUCGGAGGAAAUUGGGAUCGAGAUAAAGUAGCGAUAUUCGUCUCUAAACUAAGCAGCAAACUCUGUGAUAUUGAGAUCUGGUCGGAUUUGGGAUUCUCCGUUGAGCUCAAGACGGGCAGACGUGAACAUUGCGUUGACACUACUGGUUUCCACUGCCUCGAACUUGCUUUGCAUAGAGAGUGUCGAGUACGGAAAAACACAAGGGGUCGGGCUUUGCCUAGUUCGAUGACCAAUCCCCCAGACGCGUGCCCUCCAUCCGGUGUACCGGUUGCUACCUUGGCUUCAAUUGACAUUGAGGUGGAGUAUCGAUUUCAGGCAAACGAUGUACCACAAGCCCAGGACUGUUCCAAGUUGGAGCUUGGUCUUCUUCGGCAAGUUCAAUCGGUUGUCGCCGGUCCUGGAGUGCUAGAGAGAAUAACAGAAUCCGCAUUCCUACACCCAAUGCAUAACAAGGGUUCCUCUGAAGUUCUUGGACCACAGACGGCUUACAUAUCUGGAGAUGAAUUAGACCCAUCAUGUGAAGAACUCUUCUGUUUGUUCGACCUUGGAAUCCACAGAUUGGUCAUUUCCAACUUGAUCAAAGAUCCCGCGAUUCUUGCCUCACAACAUGACACUACUAAGAGCUUCGCAGAUAUAUAUCCUGCAGUGUUCGACCCUGGAUAUCGGGAUGCGAUCAACCAGCGAGGAGUGACAAUUCCAAUAAUUACGAAAGCCAUAUCAUCAAUGUUGGCAGGAAACAAGGAUCCAUCCACCAAUGCUAAAUUAGCAGACUUGUUAGAGCUCACUCGCUCCCAGCACACGGAUCACUUGACGAUACAGCCUCAACUUCCAAGUUGCAGGAAUGCGCUCCUUUCAUCACUUUGGCGUGUCCUCCAGAAAAAUGUGCCCAGGACAAAGCCUAUCAAAAGACGUCCUUCAGUGUUCUUGACAGAGCGUCUAUCAAGCGGAAUUACUGGAUCAGAUGAGCCUGAGCGUCUCAUUUCUACGGAUCAACAACAGUCCAACAACGGAAACCUAGGACUACGUCGCUCCUUCCAAACAGAACAUCAUAACGACAAUGAAGAAAGCGACGUGUAUUUAUUUACUAGCGAAUCCGAGGGCCAGCUUUUGGACAAUCUCAGCGAGGCAAGCUUCACAGACAUCGGGGAAUCGACUCAAACGUCCCUUGAUACGUUGUUCUCAACAAUUGGGUCUUCUCAUACUUCAUACGGUGGUCACGAUACUAUGCUUCUCUCGGACCAGGGUGAAUUAGUGGAUUAUGCAGGGAACUAUGUGACGGAUUAUGAUUCUAGAGAAGACAUGGAGGCAUUCGAUACGGACAUUAUAAUAGCUGAUGGCCUUUAG